AUGAGUAUAUUGUUAGCCGGUGGUCGAUCGGCAACAGCUCGCCGCUUUUCACAAGCUAAUAUGAAUGCAACAAAUUGUCAAAUACAAUGGCCGUCAUCAGGUACAAUGCGUCAUGAAAGUGUAUCGGUUAUGGGUCGACGUCGUGCUCUUGAUUUAUAUGGUACAAAAGAUGUGCUCUUUACACAUGAACAAAUGAAGCGAGCCAAACGAUCACUUGGCAGUACAGGAGGCAUUACUAUAUCUGGGUAG